AUGUCAUCCGCUUCCUUCGCCCCCAGCCGUACAAGCACCGUCUCCUCCACCGUCUCGAUUGGUUCCACGCCCAGCAUUGGCCAUAGACGAGGGAAAAGCGAGCUGAAUGCCAUGGUUGCGGAAUCCAUCCCUGGAGUUGGCGCGAAGGAGCUGAGCCGCUCGACCAACGCUGGAACGACAUACGAGAGUGUCCGUCGUUCCCUGCGACCGCUGUCGCAGGCGCCGAACGCGUCGCCACCUCCUACCAAACACUCCAUAUAUCGCCAUACCCGAAGUCAAACGGCCGAUAAUCCUCAGUUUUGGAAGGAGAAUCGACCGCAGACGCCGGAACCCCGCCCACUGGCGAAUCCAGAAGCCGAUUCAAUUAAAGAAAGAGGUCUAUAUGAUGCGCCAUCACCGUCACCUACUUCACCUUACCAUCAUCCCUCCCACACUGCAUCGCCGCUGACCCGGUCGCCCGUGAAAUCGCAUCAUUCUCACAGUUUGUCCAACUCACACCCACCUCCCCUCACCGCCGCCUUGAGUGCACCUGAGCUGGAAACGUUGAAAAAGUCUUCCACUGGUCACCUACGCACGCUUUCCAAAUUUGCUCAAUCGGGAGAGACAGACGAAUUUGCCAUCGAUAGCCCGUCUGUCGUAGGCCUACUGGGACGACGGCGCCUGAAGCGCGCCGACUCGGUGGCGGGUAAAAAUGGCCCAGCUGUCGCGCGGAGGACCAAUGCAUCAUCAUGGGCCGCUGGGAACUGGAUGGAUAAACAACGACAAUUCAUCCAGGCCUAUGAGUACCUCUGCCAUAUUGGAGAAGCCAAGGAAUGGAUCGAGGAAGUGAUCCAGAAGCAAAUCCCGCCCAUCGUCCAACUUGAGGAAGCCCUUCGCGACGGCGUCACCCUUGCAGAAGUCGUUCAAGCGAUGUACCCAGAUCGUCCUCUUCGGAUUUUUCGACAUCCGAAACUACAAUAUCGUCAUUCGGACAACAUCGCCUUGUUCUUUCGUUUCCUGGACGAUGUCGAGUUGCCUGAGCUCUUUCGGUUCGAGCUGAUCGAUCUAUACGAGAAGAAGAAUCUCCCCAAAGUCAUUCAUUGUGUCCACGCCCUGUCCUGGUUAUUGUUUAAGAAGGGACUGGUCGACUUCCGCAUGGGGAACCUGGUCGGUCAACUGGAGUUUGAACACCAUGAACUUGAGCAGACACAAAAGGGCCUCGACAAAGCGGGAGUCAGCAUGCCCAGCUUCUCUGGAAUGGCUGCGAAUUUCGGCGCAGAGCCAGAACCAGAACCAGAACCAGAAGAGUCCGAAGAAGAUCGAAUUCACCGCGAGCUGUACGAAAAUGAAGGUUCAAUCAGCGACUUUCAAGCACAGAUCAAGGGUGCCAUGCUACGACUCAAGCUAGGCAACUUGAUGAACGACUUGUGGGACUUUGAGCCUUUCUUGAUCGAUCUUCAAUCGAGGCUUCGGGGAGAUUGGACCCGCCAGAUAGUCCAAUACCGCCUGGAUAUGCGAUCCUUUGCUGUAAACCUGCAAGCGAUCAGCCGAGGGUUCCUCGCUCGAACACGGCAGCAGGGCGACCUUCAGACGUGCGAGGCUCUGGGAGAUGAUGUGUUACUGUUACAGAGUCUCAUCCGAGGAGCUAAAGCCAGAGCGGAGAUCGACUAUGUCAGAAGCCGGGUGCGAAAGGAAGAAUCUGGAAUCAAGAGAAUCCAAGCCGCCCUAAGGGGUGCACUGCAGCGAAUGAAGGUUUCAGAACAAUGGGAAGAAACUCGUGGCGCAGAGCACGAUGUCACCAAUCUCCAGGCUCUGAUCCGAGGCGCUUUCUUACGACAGCGGAUGGGCGUCCAGUAUGAGGAAAUCGACAGCGCUCAGAAUGAUGCCGAAUUGCUGCAGGCGGCAAUCCGGGGAAUGAUGGCGCGGAAAUCUAUUACCCGUAUGGGAGAAUUGCUCGCUCGAGAGGAGCCUUCCAUUGUGUCUAUCCAAGCGGCUGCGAGGGCGUUGGCAACCAGAACGCAGCAAUCACAACAAGCGGCAGCUCUUCAGAAGACUGCGGAUGGAUGCAGAGCUCUGCAAGCCAUGAUCCGUGGCCGUGCUGUGAGGGCAAACAUCAAGUCUCUUCGUGAAAGCUUAGCUCAACAUGUGCCAGUUUGCAUCAGCCUUCAGAGUACCGCGCGAGCCAACGCUGUUCGGGCCUUUUUGGAAUCACAGCGUCAGGGUCUGGCCAAAGAAAGUGGCGCAAUCCUUGACCUGCAAUCCACGGCGCGGGGUCUUAUCUUAAGAAGACGUCUGGAGGCCGACUCGGAGGCGUUGCAGAGGGAGGAACUUACUAUCAUUGACCUCCAAGCCCUCGCUCGGGCAGCCAUCCUACGGAUUGAAGUUGGGGGGAUCCUUGAGCAACUUGACGAAUGUGACGACGAGGUCAGCAAUUUGCAGGCGCACAUCCGAGCAAUGCUCAUUCGCGUUGAAGUCGGGCAGACUCUAGCCGAUCUUGCUGCCGAGGAAGACGUUAUUACCGACUUCCAAUCUCGCAUCCGUGGGCAUCUUGUACGAUCGAAGUUUGAGGAGCGACGCCGUUAUUACCGCGAGAACAUGGAGAAGGUGGUCAAAGCCCAAAGUUUUGUCCGAGGCAGAAUCCAGGGCCAAGCAUACAAGAGCCUCACCAGCGGUAAAAACCCACCAGUUGGUACUGUCAAAGGAUUUGUUCAUCUUUUGAACGACAGCGAAUUCGAUUUCGACGAGGAAGUUGAGUUUGAACGGACAAGAAAAUUGGUCGUUCAACAGGUCCGGCAAAAUGAACUCGCAGAGCAGUACAUCAGUCAACUGGAUAUCAAGAUUGCCCUGUUGGUUAAGAACAAGAUCACCCUCGACGAAGUUGUCAAGCACCAGAAGCACUUUGGUGGCCACGUUGGGAGCCUUUUACCAAACCGGGAAAUCUCGUCCAAGGAUCCGUUCGACCUCAAGGCAUUGAACAAGACGUCACGGAGAAAGCUUGAGCACUAUCAGGUCUUUUUCUUCCUCCUCCAGACACAGUCCCACUACCUGGCGAGGCUCUUCAAGCGGCUCCGUGAGCUUAACACUUCGGAGAAAGAAUAUGAGAGAAUCCGACACCUGAUGAUGGGACUCUUUGGCUACUCUCAAAAGCGACGUGAAGAAUACUACCUGGUCAAGCUGCUGGCUCGGUCUGCGCAAGAGGAGGUCCAGAGUUUCGACUCACUCCAUGAAUACUUGCGCUGCAAUUCAUUCUGGAACAAGCUUUUUGCGUCGUAUAUCAAGUCACCUCGGGACCGGAAAUUUAUGCGCGACGUCCUGGGGCCACUUGUGCGCGAGAACAUCAUUGACAACCCAGACUUGGACCUCGAGAGCGAUCCAAUCCAAAUCUAUCGGUCGGCCAUUAACAAUGAGGAGCUUCGCACUGGUCGAAGAAGUCGUCGCCGUCCUGAUAUCCCGCGAGAAGAAGCAAUCAGAGAUCCAGAAACGAGAGCCACGUUUAUCCAAAACCUGCAAGAGCUUCGAGACAUUGCCGACCAAUUCUUUACCGCGCUGGAGGAAGUUCUUUAUCGCAUGCCCUUUGGUAUUCGGUACAUCGCGAAGUCAAUGUACGAAAGUCUUCUCUCGCGGUUUGCUAACGAAGAUCCCGGCUUUAUUCUUCAAACUGCCGGACACUGGGUAUGGAGGAAUUAUUUCCAACCUGCCUUGAUGGAGCCCGAGAAGUAUGGCGUUGUCGAUCGGGGUAUGACACAAGAGCAAAAACGAAACCUAGGCGAGAUCGCCAAGGUGGUGGCGCAGGUAGCAUCUGGACGGCUGUUCGGGGCGGAAAACGUCUAUCUUCAGCCUUUGAAUGCUUAUAUUGGAGAGUCGAUCCAGCGGUUGGGCCAGAUCUGGGGUAACUUGGUUUCUGUACAAGACGCAGAAGAAUAUUUCGACAUCGACGAGUUCAACGACCUUUACGCCAAAACGAAGCCUACGCUGUAUAUCAAGAUGUCGGACAUUUUCUCCAUUCAUCAGCUUGUGGCGGGUGAGAUUCAUUACAUCUGUCCUAACCCCGACGACAUCCUGAAGGAGAUUAUCCGUGACCUUGGCAAUGUCAAGUCCAACGAGAGUGAAUUGAUGAGUGUCAACUCCUCUGAAAUCAAUCUCACACUGAAUCCUAAGCUUGCACAAGUGGAAGACCCCGAGGCAAAUGUGAAGGCCUUGUUCAUGGAAACAAAACGUUGUGUCCUUUAUAUUAUCAGGGUCCAAACAGGAGCCAACUUGAUGGAGAUCAUGGUGAAGCCCCCGACAGAGGAAGACGAGGAGAAGUGGAUGACGUUGGUCCGGGACGAGCUGAGUGCAAACAAUACACGACGCAGCGCCUAUUCCGAGGCCAAUACGCUAGUCGAUAUUGCAUCCAUGAGCUAUACCGAGCUCAAACAAACGGCGCUGGAGAACAUCCUACAACUCGAGCGGACCGGCAAGAUCCGUCGGGAUAACCACUACCAGGAUCUGCUAAAUGCUAUCGCCAUUGAUAUCCGGACGAAACACCGCCGCAGAAUUCAGCGCGAACGGGAACUCGAAAGUGCACGAAUGACGCUCACGCGACUGAACGACCAGGCUAGCUGGCUGGAACAGCAGCUCAAGACCUAUAAUGACUACAUUGAACAGGCGAUGAUCACGUUGCAAAAUAAAAAGGGGAAGAAGCGAUUCCUCAUGCCAUUUACGAAGCAAUGGGACCACCAGCGUGAACUACAGAAGUCCGGCAAGGUGUUUAAGUUCGGAUCUUACAAGUAUUCCGCACGGAACCUGGCCGAUAAAGGAGUCCUCGUCCACUGGAAGGGUUACACGGAACGUCAAUGGGACCGAGUCGACCUGACCAUUUCCAGCAACGAAGUUGGCGUCUUCACCAUUGAUGGUAGCAGCGGACCGAUGAUGGUCCCUGGCGCCAAUGCGCAGGUUCCGCUGGAUGACCUCCUCCAGGCGCAGUUCAAUAACAUGCAAUUCCUGGACUUCUUCGACGGUAACCUACGGGUCAACGUCAACCUUUUCUUGCAUCUGAUUAUGAGGAAGUUCUAUAACGAGUGA